AUGGAGAGUCGUUCGGAUAGUAUAAAGGAUCCAAUUUAUUAUCCUUCGAUGCAAGAAAACGAGGAAAAAAAUGAAACGACGACGGAAACUGAAACGAUUGACAAACGAAGCAGAAGUUCUGCCGGUAGCCAAGAAUUUGAUCUGGAAGAGAGUCACACGUUGAAAGUGCCGCGCAAAUUUAUCACUAACUGGCGACAAGCUUGUGAUCGUACACGAGACAGAACUAAGGAUUUUUUGAAGAAAUGGCGGACUGUUUCGACUAAUGUUGAUGAAAUCGUUGGUGUUCCAGUUUCCAACAAACAAUUGGAACAUCCUAGUUGGAGUGUACAUGUUUGGACGACUUGGGUGAGUCGAUAUGCCAGCGAUGAAAAUUUAAUCGCUGUAGAAGAAAUUAACAAGGGAGGAAAAUUAAAGGAUCUAGCGCCCAUUCAACGCGAUAAGUUUUCACAUUUUUUCACAUAUCUUUUGGAUCAUGACAGAGAUGGUUUUAUUAAUCGAAAAGAUUUUCGAAUGCUUUCAGAGCGAUUAAGAAGAUUUGCGGAUUGGUCGUGGAACGGACCCGAAUACUUGAGAUUAUUGGAGAUUGAACAGGGAUUAGCGGACUUAAUUUUUCAAGAGAAGAAACACGAUCAGAUCAGCUUGGAAGAAUGGUUGUGUUGGUGGGCGCGUGUCGUCGCUCCAAUCGGAGGAGCAACUUACAACGAGAUUCCAUUUUGGUUAAAAAUCUUACCACGAAUAUUUUUUCUCGCCAUUAAUAAUUCCGUAAGCGGAAUAAUAUCGAAAAAAGAGCUCGAAUCGUUUUAUGGAUCUGUUGUUGGCCUAGACUCUGACAAAAUCUCCAAAUAUCUGGAUAUGGCGUAUAAUUCUCUAACAUCGAAUGGAGACCAUCUUCUCGGUUGGCCGCAGUAUCAACUCGCAUUCGCCAACUUUUUGUUCGGUCGUGGACCAUUCGGGCCAGGAGAACAUUUUUUCGGUAUAACAGAUUCCUGCAUAAUUCGAGGCAAUAACGUACCAUUUCCGAUCGAUUAUUCCGCGAUGAACACACCAAAAGAUAAAUUGGAAGUGUACAGGCCGCAUUGUAGAAGUAGUCGACGUAGCGUAGUAGUUUGAAAAGUAAUCACAACAAUAGGAGUGGUACAACAGGUGGUAGAUGCGGACAGUGAUACGUUCCGACAAGAAUCGGUCAGAUAUAUCGAUCAGAAUUAUUUUAUAUUAUUAAUAUAUAUAUACACACACACACACACAUACAUAUAUAUAUAUAUUAAUAUAUUCAUAUAGCGUCUGGCAUUUUAUUCCCUAAUAAUAGAUGAAUUAAUACAUAUAUUCGUAUAUAUGUACAUGUAUAUAUAUGUAUGUACAUAUAUAUGAUAAGAAAAUAUUUGGUAAUCGUUCCAUUUGCUUCUUUGACUCUGUACAAACAUUGAUUGAUAUGUAUAAUAAAAUAUAUUGAUUGGAA